AUGGGUUCAAAAGGAGCCUCAUGUUCAGCUUCUGACGAUUUUAGCAAGGAUAAUAACACAUCUGAGCCUCAUGUUCUUGCUGUGGAUGACAGUGUUACAGAUCGAAAGCUUAUAGAGAAGCUGCUUAAGAUCUCUUCUUGCAAAGUGACCACGGUUGACAGUGGAAGAAGAGCUCUGGAACUCCUGGGAUUAGGAGAUGACAGCAAUACUGUACAAAUAAACAAAUUGAAGGUGGAUAUGAUAAUCACCGACUACAGCAUGCCAGGAAUGACUGGCUACGAGUUGCUCAGGAGAAUUAAGGAAUCACCUCAGCUGAAGGAGAUUCCAGUGGUCAUCAUGUCGUCUGAGAAUGUGCCUUCCCGGAUUAGGAGAUGUGUGGACGAAGGCGCAGAAGACUUCAUAUUGAAGCCCGUGCAGCUGUCGGACGUGAAACAAUUAAAGAAGUUAUGCUUAGCAGUGUGGAAGGCCUCAAAAGGGUCAACAAAAAAAUUGCAAUAUAGAAAACCCAACUUGCUAGUUUAG